UUCAUGGACCUUGGUUGCCAUGAACAUGUUUUUGACUGUGUUUGACACAGCAGGAUUAGUACUAUAACACUAUUGAUACUUUAUUGAUACUGAAUUUAGACCUGUUUUGUUACUUUAUCAAGGGUCUUCAUUUACCCUAAAUGUAAAGCAAAUUUGUCCCACUGAAGCAAGUAAAGGCUUAGACAGCUAGUGACAUCCUAGACUAGUAGUAGUUGAGCACCUUCACAAAAACCUGGACUGGGAUGUUACAGAGUUUGGAGGGGUGCAGCUAGCUCGCCUUUAAAUCCUGGUUUACACUUCUGCAUUGAAUCCACUACGUACGUACGGUGUAGAUACAGCGUAGGUUCUGCAUCGAAGACAAAAGUAUAAACCAUGCAGGCUUCAGUAACAAAAUUCAUGAACUUCAUCUGGACUUGAUUUCAACUUGUCAGCAGCUCUUCCCCUUCCUGUCGUGAAGUCUAAAACUCGAGCCUAACAUCGGAGGAGGUCUGGAUCUAUACUUGCUGCUAUGAUAUUGGACCCUGAUGUUGAUCUGGUGAUUGAAACCGAUUCUUUAGGAUGAAGUGGCGAUCUGUUUUAGUGACUUUUGUCUUACUGACCGACUGGUGUUUCCAGUCAGUCACUGGUGACUUUGUGGCCUCUGAUGAACACCUAGACGUUGGCCAUGAUGACGAUGUACACCCCAACACCCUCGGAGAAACAACUGCGGAUGUACUGGAUGUGAAUACCCAAACAAGCAGGGAUGUACCAGACACAAACAUUGAAACAAACUGGGACAUACUGGACAUAAACAAGGACAACUAUGAGGAUGCUGACUGGCAUCCUCCUACCUCCCUCCUGGAGACACACUCCGAUGUUUUCCCUGACCCCCCACCGGUGAUGCGCGGCGGCAACACUGGUGUUGACGCCAGCAACAACCAAACCUCCAACCAGACUGUAGGUGCUUCAUCGGCACAGUGUGGCGAGUACAGCAGCCAGCUGAUGUCUAACGGGCAGUGCCGGCUGAUGGCAACGCUGCCCCCUGUGGGAACGUCGCAGAAACGCUGCCCAGAUAUGUUUCGCUGUACAGAUGACAUCUCCUAUUGGCUGCAUGAGAACCAGAACAGAAAGGAGCAGCUGGAGGAGCUGAGGGAGACAAUGUCAGAGCUGCAGGAGGAGCUGAGGAACCACCAGCAUCGAGUCAAGGCCCUGGAGAUACAGGGUGAAGAAAGUGUGAAUUCAAAUUCGACCGUUGAGCAGCGGUUGAGUUCUCUGGAGUUGCGUCAUGCCAAGGCCGACACGCUGCUCCACGUGCACGCGGCGCUGCUGUACGAGCUGCAGGCGCAGCUCCGCAACCUGUCGGCCACCGUGCAGCGCAUGAGCCACAGCACAGGCUGCAUGGUCAACGUCAUCAGAACUGCGCCGCCGCUUGGCAUGCGAGACACACUGCCACCAGAUGGACGGUACCUGUCUUUCUGUCCUUCAGAUUGUGCAUCUCUGUAUUACAAUGGUGUUCGCCGCUCUGGUGUUUACACCAUAGUCCUGUCGCCAGGCGCCACCCUGCCUGUCUACUGCGACAUGGAAACCGAGGGUGGGGGCUGGACGGUGUUUCAGCGGCGACGCGAUGGCACCGUGAGUUUUAACCGUGGCUGGUCAGAGUACCGCGAUGGCUUCGGUGAACCUCGAGGAGAACAUUGGCUUGGCAACCAGAACCUCCAUCUGUUGUCCAACCAGGGUCACUACAGCCUCCGUAUAGACCUGCAGGACUGGAGUCAUGCCCACAGACACGCCCUGUACCACAGCUUCAGGAUAGAGGAUGAGGAGAACCAGUACCGCCUCCACGUUUCUGGGUUCAGUGGAACGGUGGAGGACUCGUUCGGUUGGUACCACGACCAGCAGGGUUUCAGCACGCCGGACACUGGCAACAUCUGUGCUGAGAUCAGCCACUCCGGCUGGUGGUUUCACCAAUGUUUCUACGCUAACCUCAACGGCGUCUACUACAAGGGGGGGCGCUACUCUCUGAGAGCGCAGAAUCUGCUGGGGCCGGACGGCAUCGUCUGGUUCUCCUGGAAGGACUCAGACUUCUACUCCCUGAAGGCGGUCACCAUGAUGAUACGACCACGCAACUACAGGCCACGCCUGUCGCCAUAGUGAUCGAGCGCUUGUCAUUAGUUUAACAGACUGAAGCUCAGCUGACAGCUUCUAAGGACGCAAGAGCUGCUAGAAAUCUCCACUGGAGUACCACGUGUAUUCAUAUGCCACUGAAAAUAUACCCCAACAAAGGCACUAUUUCUUCCUGUUUGAGUAACCUUUGCUAAAAACUAUAGUGACAUCUCCUUUGUGAACCAAUGGGCUUGGAGCUGAGAGCUACAGGCAAGGUGGGGUAGUACACGCUGUUGGCUUUGGGCCUUUGAAUUAACAGGCAAAGACUAAUUUACAAGUCCGCAAGUGAAACUGUCCUUGAAUAAAAGAUGAAGAAGCAGCACUGACAGAGAGUGGUCAGUGUCACUGAGAAAUUAAAGUCCGCCAUCCAGACGAAGCUGCUGUUCACCUCAUACCUGCAGUGUAUUUCAAAGCCAAUGUCCAGCAGCUUUUAUGUUACACAUGCAGAGGCUGUUUAUGACUUCAGUGACACCAGGCUGAUAAUAUUUUUGUAAAUCCUUCCAUCCAUCCAUUUUCUUCUGCUUAUCCGGUGUCGGGUCACAAUGGCAUCCAGAUGUUCCUCUCGCUUUCCAGCUCCUCUCGGUGGCUGGCCUUCCCAGGCCAGAUGGGAUAUGUAGUCCCUCCAGCGAGCAAUGGGUCUACCCCGGGGGUUAAACAAAUUAGAUAAAACAUGAGCAGGAACAUUGAGCUCUAGAAGUGCUUUUGUAGGAUUUAGAAAAAAGAAAAAAAAGUUUUUACCUUUGGACAGUGUCAUAAGUGUGUUUCUCAAAAUGUCAAACUAUUUGUUUAAUAUCACUGCAGCAAAGUAAGGAUUAAUCUCACUGGAGGUCUAGUAGAGAUUUACUUUAACUGAAGGAUACAUAAUGCUCUAAUUGUGGGCAAACACUAGUCACUUAGUAUAAGGACACACUGUGCCUACCUGUGUGUUAUGAGUGGUCUCACACAUGUAAUCUUACCU